AUGGCGGGCAACGUCGCCCUGACCAGUGAAGACCUUGCCUAUGACCUCGAUACACGAAGCGCCUCUUUCUUCCGAAACCAUGCCUGGCCUAUACCAAUGGACCAAGUAGCUGCUAGUCGGCCAGAUCCAAGGAGGAACAUUUCGCCCAUCCAGACCAACAGCCAUGGGCUGCGGCAGACCACAAUGGCGGAGCAUCCCAUGAUGGAUACUUGGAGGUUCCAACAACAACACCACCACCAGCAUCAUCAUCAACAACCGCAUCCGCAGCCGCCCAGUAUCGAUUAUGCCAAUACCCAGCAACCGUACGAUAUGCAUUACGAUGCCCAGUUCCACGGCAUAGCUUUACAUCCUUCCCAGAUGACCAUAAUGCCGGUGUCGCAGGCUCCGUUGGCACCUGGCUUACCGCUCGAAGCCGCUUACCUUCCCCUCGAGUCUGGUAUUGAGGGCAUGCCCCAGAACUGGGCCGAACUCCAGAGCGAACUGAUCAACUAUACCACGACGGAUGUCGGCCUGGCCGUUUCACCAUAUCAGCAAAUGACCAGCUCUCCCACGGGCUCCCACCUCGAAGUUCUCUCGCAACCCAGCUCUUGUGACGAACACGGAUGGACCAUGGUUGAGCCCAGAACGUCCUUCGAAUCCUAUGAGCGACAAUUCUUUGUUGAUCCCAACCAAACCGUGCACAAUAGGACCUUGUCCGAAUCGUCAUACUCAGACCUCGAACAGCAUAGUCAUGGCGCGUUUAUGUCUAAUCUCGACAUGGGUGCUUCUCAGGCAGUAUACUCGCCGACUACUUUGUCAGACAGCGACUUUGAAUAUCCAGGACAUACUCAUCGCCUGUCUAUCGACCACGGCUCCGCUCCGUCUGUGAGCGUCAAUCCAUCCGCUCUUGUACGUCCGAUCCCUAUCCCCUCGGCCAAGUCAUCCGCACCGUCGAUACGAUCGCCCGGUUCCCAAGGGUCAGCUGGCUCCCCUGGCCGUAAGCCUUCCAGGAAGAGUCCCAUAGCUGCCAAGUCAACAGACAAGGUCAUGAAGAAGUCAUCACCCGGUGGCAAGGUGGAAGGGGAGAAGCGGGUUGGCCGAAGAAAAGGACCGCUGCGGCCGGAACAGCGGAAACAAGCCAGUGAGAUUCGGAAGUUGAGAGCCUGCUUGCGGUGCAAAUUCUUGAAGAAGACAUGCGACAAAGGCGAGCCUUGUGCUGGAUGUCAACCGUCCCAUGCUCGCCUGUGGCAAGUCCCCUGCACUCGCAUCGACAUCAAGGAAAUUGGUUACUUCCUGAAGGAUUGGAAGUUCGACUAUGAGCGACAUAUCUCGCUGGGGUUCUCGGUGGGUAAUAUCAAGGGCUUCUCCGAUACCGAAAAGACACUCUUCAUUACCCAUGGGUACGGCCACAUGCUCCCUGUCACCGCCCGAGAAGUCUACGUCAGGGAUGAGACAUGUCUGAAAAUGGACUGGAUCGAAGCCAACUCAUUCGCACCUGAUGGCUACGAAGUAUCGACAGCCAAGCUUUCGGCUGGCAUGGAAGGCAUCUCAACGACAAUGCUGAGUGACUACCUCGACCGGCAUAUUGACGGCACUGGCACGUUUGAGAAAUUUGUGGAUGACUACUUCGAGGGAACGCCCUUCCUCUCACAAAUGCUCAAGACGGCGUACCGAUUCUACUUCAAGACUGGAUCGAAGAUCAUCAAGAAGGCGUUGAAGUUGAUGCUCGCCUACAAUCUGACACUGCACAUCACCAUGGUGGAAGGAGUGCCCAGCGAAGAGUCAUUUGUCGGCAAGAUCGAAGAGCAUACAUCCAAAUUCUUUGGCAAGACGAUGGCUCCGGUCAUGAUCAACUUCCAGAUCAAGUGUGCCAUGGCCGAUAUGUGGCGUGAACUGCACAAGGAUGUUCUCGAGGAACUGUCCAGCCUGUACUCGAGCGUGUACAGUGGGGACAAGCUCAAGAACUGGCCCACUAUCUUCAUCCUUGCAUCCGUCCUGCUGGCUGUGUGGGAGUGCAUGCAAUUUGACUGCCACUACCGUGUUCCCGAUUCUGCGGCCGUGGAGAAGUUCUGUAACGACAUGGAGACUACUCCGGUUGGUGUCGUGGUUGGCCUUUUCCAGGCCAUUUCUCAGAAGCUCCCAUCGUUCCUUGAAUGGGACACUUCCAAGCACCACGCGCUCCUGGCAUCCAACAUGGAUGUGUGCAACACCAUGAGCGAAGUGCGAGAACAUGUUACGAGAUAUGAAAACUACUUACGAGGUCGACCUAACGCACGGUUUGACCGCAAGGAUUUUGAUUCGUUGUCGAACAAGUUCCUUGCCAAGCUUGUGAUCCGGGCGAACUAG